UCAAGCUUUUGUUGUGACAGCUUGUUCCGGCGCGACCCGAGAUCCAUGCGAGAUCAGAACCCCGGAGAAGCCUGAAGAAGCUACCUGCUGCAGAAUGGACAUCCAGGACGAGAGGAGGAGGCUGCUGGACGCGGAGGGAGAACCGAACCCGACCGGACUCAUGUCGGAGCAGGAGGCCUAUAUGAGCAAAGUGAGGAACGGGAGGCUCUACUUGGCCACGUUCGUGUCGGUUCUGGGCCCGAUGAGCUUCGGCUUCGUGCUGGGCUACAGCUCCCCGGCCAUCCCCGAGCUGUCCAACAGCGCCGACCCUCGGCUCCGGCUGGACGCCGUCCAGGCCUCCUGGUUCGGGUCCGUGGUGACGGUGGGCGCGGCGCUCGGCGGCCUGCUGGGCGGCUGGAUGGUGGAGAAGGUCGGCAGGAAGCUCAGCCUCAUGUUCUGCUCGCUGCCCUUCGUCUUCGGCUUCGCCAUCAUCGUCGCGGCGCAGAACGUGUGGAUGCUCUACGUCGGCCGGGUCCUCACCGGCGUCGCCAGCGGGGUCACGUCGCUCGUCGUCCCGCUCUACAUUUCAGAAAUGGCCCACGAGCGAGUGCGAGGCCUCCUGGGAUCCUGUGUGCAGCUCAUGGUGGUGCUGGGCAUCAUGCUGGUCUACCUGGCAGGUUUGUUCGUGGACUGGCGCUGGCUGGCCAUCUGCAGCUCCAUCCCUCCCACGCUGCUCAUCCUGUGCAUGUGCUUCAUGCCGGAGACGCCCCGGUUCCUGCUGUCUCAGGGGAAGAGGCGGGAGGCCGAGGAGGCGCUGCGGUUCCUGCGAGGCCCGGACGCGCCCGUGGAGUGGGAGUGCGCUCGCAUCGAGGACGCCUGCGACGAGCAGGGUUCCCGUUUCCAGGUGUCCGACCUGAUGGAUCCCGGCGUCUACAAGCCGCUGCUCAUCGGCGUCAUGCUCAUGAUCUUCCAGCAGAUGACGGGAGUCAAUGCCAUCAUGUUCUACGCAGAGAACAUCUUCCAGCAGGCACAUUUUAAGGAGAGCGACCUGGCGUCGGUGAUCGUGGGUCUGAUUCAGGUCGUCUUCACGGCCGUCGCUGCUCUCAUCAUGGACAAAGCUGGAAGGAAAGUCCUGCUCAUCAUCUCAGGUGUUGCCAUGGCGCUCAGCACCACGGCGUUCGGGGUUUACUUCUACAUCAUGUCCAGACUUCACAGCUCGUCCUCGCUCAGCGUCCUGAUGCUGGACGUCCAGAACGGAGCUGGAGAAGAAGCUCACAGCGACCUGGCCUGGCUGGCUCUGGCCAGCACGGCCGUCUUCAUCGCGGGUUUCGCUCUGGGCUGGGGUCCGAUCCCGUGGCUCAUCAUGUCGGAGGUUUUUCCCGUUAAGGUCCGAGGGUUCGCCAGCGCCGUCUGCGUCCUCACCAACUGGAGCAUGGCCUUCGUCGUCACCAAGACCUUCCAGGACAUGAUGAACCUUCUGACCAGCGCCGGGACCUUCUGGCUGUUCGCCUCCGUGUGCACCGUCAACAUCGUCUUCACCAUGAUCUUCGUCCCGGAGACCAAAGGAAAGACGCUGGAGCAGAUCGAAGCCACGUUCAGGGGGACGUCGGGUCCAUGAAGGAGCCGGGAAACCUCCGCUCUAUGAACCGACUCGUCCUCUGAGGACACCGUGGGGGCAUUUCUACAUCUUUCUAUUCCGCUGGUUUUUCUCCAUGCUGACUUUCUGGAAACUCUAAACGUGGCGGUGGACCAGCCGAGCUUCCAUCUGAGGAGAGCUGGAGGUCGUUUCAGUUUGACGGUUCGACUCCAAAUGUGCCAAAUGUGACUCGUGAUUCGUGCUACGUGAGAAAAAGUUGUCAGAAAGGACUUUAAACUCGUCCAAAACAACAAAACCAUGACCAGCAUGAACAAAGCUGUCCCAGAUCAUUCUGAAAUGGUCCAUAAUAACUGAAAAUGACUAAAACGACUCACAAACUGUGCAGAACAUUCAUCAAAAUAAAAACAAUUGGACAGAA